CUCUCUCUUCUGAUGCCAACGCAUUUUGCAUACUGACUUCCGCCCCGCUCGGCUUUCUCUCCCCAGUCUGCAUCGGUCGGCGGGCAGCUGAUAUGACAGGAGGAUACAGUAUCACACACGAGCCGUGAAAAGCUGACUUAAAAACUUCAUUUAGAAAGUAGGCGGAUGUCGUGUGCGGUUGAUAUAGGUCGGGAAAGGAUUAGGGGAAACGGAGGAAGAAGAAGCGAAUGUAUUUUUUGAUGCGAUGGGAUUUGCUACUUUCGUGUGAAGAGGCGGACCUAUGAGACGCUGCGAGUUCAAUAUGCUGAAGCUGUACCCGGUGUUUGUAUACUGUACGUGGAAGUACAGAGACUAUUUUCUUCCAAGUCACAGGCCUACGUAAGGAUUUAAUACAGCACUUGAUAUUCUUUCUGGCUCACAGAUAUCCACGGUAGAAAAACUACUACCAUUUGGUCUGUUUUUUUGUGUGCUGACAGGGAAUUCCUUCAGAUAGGCUGCAUGUGCUUUGCUCCUUUGCUGUCUAUUCACUACACGGUCUUUUUUUGUUAGAUAAUAUAUGUCUAUUUUUUAAAUUGAUAUAAAUAAGACAUGGGGGACAGGCUUGUCGUAGCUCGCAGUCACCCCACAGAAACAGACAGUAAACCUAUUAGAGGCUAGUUCUUUUUUUUGAAGGGGGUCUUAUUACGAAGUUGUCGUUGACCCACGAUGAACUAUUAUUUUGUAGGUCUUUCUUUUUAGGGCUUUCUGACCGCAAGUACUGCUCCUGUUUAGCUGUUAUAUAGCGGGUGGGUUUGCAAAUUACUCUACUGCGGGACUGCAUUUUCCAGGUGUCUCUUUUUCUCGUGACACCUCACUUGUAGGCUGCUGCUUAAAAGACAGUUUUUUUUUUGACUUGCUAUUACUGUUUUUUUUCCAGUCUGACAUUUUUUUUCUGGAUUGCCCCAGUCCCACGGAUAGGAAUAACUAGCUUUUUCACCUCAUUUACCCACCAUGAGUUACAUCCUCAAGGUAUUGAAUGUUUUGCUACGUGGACUCGUCAUCUAUGCGGUACUGGGCUUGGAGGGCACUUACUCGAAUGAUCUACCCAGCCACUCGUCUGAUGCUGCAAAUGUAGCCAUCACAGACCCCUGUGGCAUAGUGAUGCCGCCAUGCAUGGGCGAGGACGACCGCUUCAGUCUGGAGGCGCUGCGGCACAUCCACAAACAGCUGGACGACGACAAUGAUGGGGGAAUUGAGGUCAACGAGAGUGUGGAGUUUAUUAUAGAAGAUAUGAAGCAGCAGCAAACCAAUAAACACAGCAACCUGCACCGUGAAGACCAGCACAUCACCGUGGAGGAGCUGUGGAAGGGCUGGAAGACGUCUGAAGUCCACAACUGGACCGUGGAUCACACAGUGCAGUGGCUGAAGGAGUCGGUGGAACUGCCGCAGUAUGAACAGCACUUUCGGGACUUCCGGGUCACAGGGAACACUUUACCUCGAAUAGCGGCAAAUGAACCGUCGUUUAUGUCAAUGCAGCUGAAGAUAUUAGACCAGCGGCAUAAACAAAAACUAAACCUAAAGGCACUAGAUGCAGUGCUUUUUGGCCCUCCUCUUCGUCCACAACAUAACUUGAUGAAAGACUUUGUCCUGAUGGUUUCCAUAGUGAUUGGUGUGGGGGGCUGCUGGUUUGCCUAUGUGCAGAACAAGUGCAGCAAGGUACAUAUUUCUCAGAUGAUGAAGGAUCUGGAGAGCCUGCAAAAUGCCGAGCAAAGCCUUUUAGACCUGCAGAGCCGGCUGGAAAAGGCUCAGGAGGAGAACCGGACGGUGGCCGUAGAGAAGCAGAACCUCGAGCAGAAGAUGAGGGAUGAGAUCAACGGGGCUAAAACGGAGGCUCACAGGCUUCGAGAGCUGCGAGAGGGUGCUGAAUGUGAACUCAGCCGGCUCAAAUAUGCUGAGGAAGAGCUAGUACAGGUGCGAAAGGCCCUAAAGCGAGCAGAGAAGGAGAUGCAUUCAGAGCGCUCGGUGCCCGAAGCUCUCCAGAAGUGGCUCCAGCUCACACACGAGGUGGAGGUUCAAUACUACAACAUCAAGAAACAGAAUGCUGAGUUUCAGCUGUGCAUCGCCAAAGACGAGGCGGAGAAAAUAAAAAAGAAAAGAGGUUCUGUGUUCGGAACCCUUCACGUAGCCCACAGCUCAUCGCUGGAUGAGGUGGACCACAAGAUACUAGAAGCAAAGAAAGCUUUGUCAGAGGUAACGGCGUGCCUGAGGGAGCGGCUGCACCGCUGGCAGCAGAUUGAGAAGCUUUGCAACUUCCCCGUGGUCAAUAACUCGGGGCUGCCGAGCCUGACGGCCAGCCUCUACUCAGACCACAGCUGGGUGGUCAUGCCGCGAGUCUCGGUGCCUCCCUACCCCAUCGCAGGAGGAGUGGAUGACCUGGACGAGGACACGCCUCCCAUCAUUCCACAGUUUACAUCAGCCACAAUGAUCCGGCCCUCGCUGAACCGCAGCAGCAGCUUGUGUCGUUCCCGACGGAGCCUGAUGAGCUCUCCGCAGUCCUCAAUGAUGUCCCCAGACCCCGACCUGCUGUCGAUGGCCAGCUCGUCCCUCUCCUAUCGCCACGAGGCAGACGACGAACAUAUCAUGUUCAGCUCGGAUAGGAGGGGGGAAUCAGCUCAGGAGGGUAGCUCCAACACAGACUCUCUCAACUCCUCCAUGGGCCGAAAGCAGCUGCACAACCCCUGCACACCGGGCUCGGACACCCUGUACCGCAAGAUCUCCCGCGAGGAGCUGCUGCUGUUCAGCCAGAGCUCGGAGCUUCCUGCAUCAAACCCCACCACGUCCCACACCAGCAGCAGCAGCAGCAGCAGUCUCAGGGACUCCACGCCUCCUCCUCCCACUCCGGCCCCCACCCCCUCCGGCCCACCCUCCACCUCGCCUUCCCCGGCCUUGGAGCACCAACCGUUUGCACAAAGAGGCUCGCCCGACCUCACCCGCAUUAUACCCGAGUCCCAAAGUCUAACCUUCUCACAAGGGAGCGUCACCUCUCCAACGGGCAAGGGCAUGUACAACGGCAUCCUGGAGAAGUCCUACAGCUACGGCCAGCUGCCCGCGAGCAUGCUGCCCAAUGUGGGGCGUAACCCGUCUCUUACCUCCUUGGACUCGGAGGGCCGGAGCGUGGGAAGGGAAACCAAGCUCCAGAGCACUUCCUCCCAGGACUCCAGCGACAAUGGAGAGAAAAUCAAGCGCUCGUCCUCUAAAAUCAAAAGCUUAUUUAAGAAGAAAAAGUAAAAACGUUCAGAGUGAGAUAGUGUUUGAGAGAAAAAUUAAAUAUAAAGAGUUGUUUUAGCCCUAAUACUAAAAAAUGGACAUCACUGUAAGCUUAAACAUGGAAUUUUCUCUCAUAUUUCUUUUUGUUAUCAAAGAUGGAAUGUAGCUCAGUCUGUGUGCCAUUAAACGCCUCAGACUGGUAGCCUUAUUUUUCAAUAAUGCCUUUUUUUUUAGUUCACUCAUAGCCUCACAGGGAAACCUGCAAAGGUCAAGGAAAAGUCAGUGAAAGGUCAAAGGUCAUGAUAGUUGUCAUCUGAACAGCCAGAACAUGACCUGUUCAAUGUUUUCUAAUCAUUUUGGUUUGAACCAAAAAGUCACUGUGUGUAAGCUUCUAAAGGUGUAUUGUUUAGUACAGAAUGAUGUUUACUGUUCCUACUGAAAGUAUUCAAAUCACACUUUCAGUAGUGACAGCAUCACACGCAUAUCAAGGAAUACAGGUCACAAGAUUUCUUGAAAACACAAUUUCGACAAUUUCUUUCCAAAGUGUCCUAGCUAGUCCUCUCCCUUCAAAUUAUGGAUUGCAUCUUGCCAAGUGUUUAAGGUCCCUAACUCAUGUACUUGAUUGAUUUCCUUUGAAAGAAAAGAAAGAAACCCUGCUAAGUUUGUUGCACUAUUGCUUUCCUGGUAUGUUGGGAAAGAGCAUAUUGAAUAAAGAUAUAGAGAUGAGAGAAAUACAUGGGCAGCGACAGUGGAGAUGCAGCACAUAAUGCCAGAGCCAAAAUGAUCUGAUGCAUCUUCAAUGCCACUUCUUAUUGAUCUUUCAAUAUAUA